AUGAGCGCUGUCAACAUUACAAACGUUGCUGUAUUGGAUAAUCCGGCACCGUUUCUCAGUCCUUUCCAGUUCGAGAUCUCUUAUGAGUGCCUCGAUGCCCUUAAAGAUGAUUUAGAAUGGAAGAUAACUUAUGUGGGAUCUGCUGAGGAUGAGACUUAUGACCAACUCCUAGAAAGUGUAUUUGUUGGACCUGUAAAUGUUGGGAAAUAUCGUUUUGUGCUUCAGGUAACUAUUACUCGCUUUAACCUUGCAAUCUCACGUGACUGUUAUGCUGGAGGAAUUGAGGCUGAAACCACUUUGCAGGCUGAUCCUCCUGAACCAUCCAAAAUUC